AUGGCUGAAAACGGGACCAACGGCGACGCCGCUGCUGUCCUCGACGACAUCAAAGCCCCCGCCGGCGUGGUUCUGCCACCUCGCGAGAUUCGCAAUAUUCUCGAAAAAACGGCCGGCUACGUCGCGCGUAAUGGUGCCGUUUUUGAGGAUCGUAUCCGCGACAAGGAGCAGACUAACCCCAAAUUCAGUUUCUUGAACCCCGCAGAUGCCUACCAUCCAUAUUACCAGUGGCGCCUGGCCGAGGUGCGCGCUGGCCGCGGAACAGAUGUUGCUGCUGGUCGCGCAGGAGAAGCUGCCAAGGAGCCCGGAAAGCCCCGAGGGCCUCCUCAACCGCCCGACUUUCAGUUCUCUGCACGCAUGCCCAGGAUCAACCAAAAGGAUUUGGACAUUAUCCGUCUCACGGCCCUUUUUGUGGCCAAGAAUGGGCGUCAGUUCAUGACCCAGCUCGCCCAGCGCGAGGGUGGCAAUGCGCAGUUUCAGUUUCUUAUCCCCAACCACACAUUCCACAACUUUUUCCAACGCAUUAUCGAUCAAUAUACAACAUUACUACGUGCCGGUGGCCUAGGCGGCGAGGGCGGCAAGCUCCAGGAAGAGCAAAUGGCCGAGCUCGAGAAGAACAUUGCCGACAAGUUCUACGUGCUCACGCGCGCAAAGCAACGAGGCGAAUACAUCAAGUUCCAGGAGCAAGAAAAGGCCAAGAAGGAAGAACAGGAACAAGAGGCCAAGGCAGAGUUUGAGCGCAUCGACUGGGGCGAAUUUGUCAUUGUCGAGACCAUUACCUUUACCGACAGCGACGAGACUGCCAACUUACCGCCACCCACGAGCCUCUCCGAACUCCAGUACGCAUCUCUGGAAGACAGAAACAACGCCUCCAUUAGUGCCAACUUGCGCAUCGAAGAGGCCAUGCCCGGCGAAGAGCUGGACUAUAACGGAUAUGCCGCCCCCGCACCUGCGCCGGCCUAUCCUCUCCCAGUUCACCCUGGCUAUGCUCAACAACACUACGCUCCUCAACAACCUCAACCGCCACAAAAGUCUGCACAGGAGCUCGAGGAGGAUCGCAGAAUACAUGAGCGCGCCGAGGCCCAGGCCCGUAUGCAUCAGGCCCAGAGUGUGGCUCGUGGAGGUGCACCUCCGAUGAAAAUCCGAGAAAACUAUGUGCCGGGUGCCCAAAAGGUCAAAAAGGUGCAAACUGCAAUGUGUCCCAACUGCAAGCAACAAAUUCCUCUGAAUGAAAUGGAGGAGCACAUGAGAAUUGAACUACUGGAUCCCCGGUGGAAAGAACAAAAGUCCAAAUCCGACGCCCGCCACGCCCCGUCCAAUAUGUCGCAGGUCGAUGUGGCCAACAACCUGAAGCGACUCGCCAGUCAGCGCAGCGACGUCUUUGAUCCCGUGACCGGCCAGGCCGUCUCCGAGGACGAGCUCGCGCGGAGGAAAAAGGCGGCCAUCAACAGCUUUGACGGCAACCCGGAUGGCCAGAGCCAGGCGCAUAUUAGCCAUCUCCAGGGCAUGAACGUCGAGGAGCAGAUUCGCGCCAUUCACCAAAAGUUUGCAGAAAAAAAGUAG